AUGGCGACCUGGAACGCCCCUCCCCAAGAAUAUGAAAGUGAUGAUGACUGUUACGCAGUGUUGGAUUUAACUGAGUAUGCAAGAAGACACCACUGGUGGAAUCGAGUGUUUGGGCACAGUUCCGGACCUAUGGUAGAAAAAUACUCAGUAGCCACCCAGAUUGUAAUGGGUAGAGUGAGUGGCUGGUGUGCGGGAUUUUUGUUCCAGAAAGUUGGAAAACUUGCAGCAACUGCAGUAGGUGGUGGCUUUCUUCUCCUUCAGAUUGCCAGUCACAGUGGCUAUGUGCCGAUCGACUGGAAGAGAGUUGAAAAAGAUGUAAACAAAGCAAAAAGACAGAUUAAGAAACGAGCAAAUAAGGCAGCACCUGAAAUCAACAAUAUAAUAGAAGAAGCAACAGAAUUUGUUAAACAGAACAUUGUGAUAUCCAGUGGAUUUGUGGGAGGUUUUUUGCUAGGCCUUGCAUCUUAAGGAUAUGAAUGUUCUAUCAUAGUGGAGUCACCUCUGAGAAGAGAAAUGGUGGUGACAAGAUGGUCUCAACAUUACCCAUUGACAGAUUCUCCAGGAUGACAAGAAACAACUAGCUGGACAGUACCAAACUCACUGCUUAGCAUUUUGCCAUCUGAAAUUUGGCAGACUAGUAUCUGC